GCACUCUCGUUCGCCAUCUCAAUCAUUCAAGCAACGUCUCAAGAUGCCGCCGACAGUUGCUAUCGUAGCUGCAGGUGCAAUGGGUGCCGCUUUAGGCGCUCGACUAGUCUCAAUAGGACGAUGUACAGUGUACACAACAUUGGCAGGAAGAUCACCAGCUACAGUCGAUCGCGCUCGAAAGGCCGGGAUGCUUGACUUACCUCUUUCUGAGAUAUCAUCUAAUGCGGAAUGGGUCCUGAGCGUCUUACCUCCAAGCGAAGCACAUAAUUUCGCAAAGUCCUUCCUCGCGGCAAGAUCUCAGUCUCGAUCUACUACGGGUGGAACGCCGACUCGGGUAUUUGUCGAUUGUAAUGCAGUGUCUCCUGCUACCGUGAAGAACAUCUCCGCACUGUUCUCCGGGACUGGGAUUGCAUUUCUAGAUGCAGGAAUUAUUGGCGGUCCGCCGAGCGACGGUUACGAUCCAACAAUUUACGCGAGCGCUGAUGCUUCUGAUACGGAGCAUCUUGACGGAUUUGACCGUUUCAACGAGCUCGGACUAAAAAUACGUGUUUUGAAGGGUGAGGAAGGUAAUGAAGGUGGUGGGGUGGGAGACGCGAGUGCUUUGAAGAUGUCUUACGCUGGCAUUACGAAGGGCACAACAGGUCUCUUCUCGACAAUGAUCCUAGCCGCGCAUGCUGCUUCACCACAAACGGCUUCUGCACUACUAUCUGAGCUCUCCGAAAGUCAGCCCAUUUUACUAAGACGUAUGGGCGCGUCAAUACCACCGAUGAUUUCAAAAGCAUACCGGUGGGUUGGCGAAAUGGAGGAGAUCGCGGCAUUCGUCGACUCAGGGAUCGGCUCGCAUGCAUAUCGCGGCCUUGCAAGCCUGUACGCACGCAUUGAGAACGAACUUUCAGAGAAUGGACGCAACAACGGCGAUGUCCGAACUUUGUUAGAAUUUGCUGGGGAGGCACGUCGCGUAAGUGAUUCUAAGGCCAGUUCGAAGUGA